AUUUUGUCAACAGAAAUGAAAAAACUUCUUGAAGAGAAAGAGAAAGAAAUGAAAAGUAUGGAGGCAGAAAUGAAAACACUCCGUGAACAGAAAGAUAUUGCAGAAAGAGCUAAGAGAAAUAUGGAAACAGAUGCUGUAGACAGAGAGAAGAAAAAUAAGGAAACAGAGAGAGAAGAGAAAAGUAUGGAGACAGAUAUUCCAGAGAGAGCUAAGAAAAAUAUGGAAACAGGUGCUGAGGACAGAGAUAAGAAAAAUAUGGAAGCAGACACAACAGAACAAGACAAUGAGCUGGCAAAAGACACUGCAGAACAAGGCAAAAAGAAGCAGGCAGAAGAUGAUAAAUGAAUAUGACGGUCCUAGGAAUUGUUCCAUGUUUACCUGUCUUGGUCCAAAUUGUCUGAUGGAAGAAUAAAGGGGAAGAAGAGUACCAUUAACACUGUGGCCAAGCCAUAGAAGAGCAGUUUAUGUUGCAGAAUGAAAG